CGGAUUUGAUCUCGGGGGCCCCCAAGCGGCGUGGUGACCACACCGCGUGGUGGGUCACGGGGAAUUCCGGGUCACCGUACGGUUUUCGGACUCGGGUCGUUCUCCGAGGACGUCUCCGGCCCCAACCAGGGCUUCCGAGGUUCCAAAACCGUGCGGUGACGGACCGCGCGGUGCGGUCUCUUGGGAUGCCGAGGUCAUUACGCGGUCCGUCACCACUCGUUUGGGGCCCCCGGUGAUCACCUUUUCCACCCUCAUCAAGGGGCACUGCGCUGCUGGCGACAUAGAGCAGGGGCUGCGCCUGCUCGGGCUGAUGCAGCGGCGCGGCAUAGCGCCCGACUCGAUCCUCUUCAACUCGAUCCUGGACGGCUGUGCGCACAGGCAGAUGCGGGGUCUCACCGAGCAGGUGCUCCACGACAUGGAGGCGGCGGGCGUGCCGCCGUCGAACUUCACGCUGUCCAUCCUGGUGAAACUGUACAGCCGGUGCGGGGACCUGGAGGCCGCGAUCGGCGUGGUCGAGGAGUACCCGCGUAAGUACCGGUUCAAGCUGAACGCGCAGGUGUACACGUGCCUCAUGGCCGCAUGCAUCUCCCACGGGAGGAUGGCCACGGCACUGGAGGUGCACGGCUCUAUGAAGCGCGCGGGCUGCCAGAGCGAUGCUAAGACGUACCACACCUUGCUGAGCGGGUGCAUUCGCCACGGCAACCUGGAGGGGGCCGUCGCCCUGCUCGACGACGCCCUGGGGCGCGCGCCGCCCGUGCGGCCCAGCCGCGAGGUCGCCGAGGGGGUGCUGCUCAUGGCGCAGAGGCGCGGCCGCGCCGCGGACCUGGCGUUGCCGCUGCUGGCGCGGCUGCAGGCGGCGGGCGUGGCCGUGUCCGAACGGGUCGCGCGCGGCCUGCCGCGCCAAGCGGGCAGGGCGGCGCCUGGCGCGUAGGGCUUGGGCGCCCAAGCCGCCCAGCCAAGUGCUCGGCAGCGCCCAGCUCUAAAGUCGAGGCUGACUGGUCCGAAUCCAGAAUGCCCUUGUGCAUUGUGCGUUCGAGACCCAUGCCUUUUGCAUUCCUGUGACGAUAUGGCCCUCGGAGGGGUCUCGUGUCCUCUCGCGUGUUCUCUCC